AUGGAUAUGGACCACGCGACGACAACAGCCAUGGCGAUGGCAGCAUCUACCACGGCGGCCUCAGGAGACAUGUCCAGCGGCAGCAUGUCCAUGUCCAUGGCCGACAUGGCCAUGACCUUCUUCGAGGCGGUCCGGACGCCGCUCUACUCGGACGCCUGGACGCCGGGCAACGAGGGGCAGUACGCCGGCACCUGCGUCUUCCUGAUCGUCCUCGCCGCGAUCCUGCGUCUGCUCCUCGCCGUCAAACCGGUGCUCGAAGAUCGCUUCUGGAGGAACCUCGCCACGUUCGACGCCGCCGCCAAAGACGUCGAGGACGCGCACUCCACCGACGGCGUUGAGCCCGGAAAGGCGGCCGGGGUGCUACGGAGAGACAUCGCUGGACGAUGGAGGGGGUGGCGGGCCGGUGCUGCGGCGGCGAGGGCCACGUACGAGGUCAUCGUCGGAGGGAUCGGGUAUCUGCUCAUGCUCGCCGUCAUGACCAUGAACCUCGGGUACUUCCUGUCAGUUCUCGGAGGCAUAUGGCUGGGGACAUUUUUCAUCGGCGGCCUGGCCAGCAACAGCCCGACGAUUCACUGUUAG